CUGAUUUCUAUUGGCAGUUCUUGUGAACAAAACCAUCAUACUUUGUAGGUGACAAACUCUGGGCUUGCAUGUUCCAUUUAAGCACGCCAAGUAUAAAGAAGAAAAGUGGAAUUAGUGUAGCAACGCCUGGCUUUUGCUUCCUUUUUUCUGAUACUUUUGCAUUUCAAUUAUUAUAUAUGGCGAGACAAGCCCUCCCCUUAUUUCCACAUCUUCACCACUCUAUCUUCUACAUCAAUUCAGCCACAAUCUCUCCACAAAACUGGCAGGCCUGUGAAUAUGUCCUUCAAAGAGGUAUUUUCACCAAAAUUUGCGUCACCAACAGGUCCCUUUCUCUGUCUGCAGAUCAUCACUCUUUAACUGAUGCGAAUGUCAUUAUUAAUUCCAUACCUGAACCUAAUGUCAUCUCCUUUUCUACCCUUAUAUAUUCCUUUGCAAAGCUUAAUCAUUUUGGUCAGGCAAUCCAUGCCUUCUCACAAAUGCUCUCACAUGGUAUUAUGCAUGAUGGACAUGUCUUGCCUACUAUUAUCAAGGCAUGUGCUGGGUUAUCUUUGCUGAAGACUGGGAAGCAGGUUCAUUGUAUUGCAUCUACAUUUGGAUUUGAUUCAGAUCCGCGUGUAUUAUCCUCUUUGAUACAUAUGUAUAUUAAAUGCAACAGGAUAAAGGAUGCUCACAAGGUGUUCAAUAGGCUGCCUCAACCAGACAUUGUUGCUUACAGUGCUUUGCUUGCAGGUUAUGCAAGAAAGGGUUGCGUAGAAAGGGUUGCGUAAAAGACACUAGAGUUGUUUUCUCGAAGGGAAGAUGCAGGUGUUGAACUUAAUUUGAUCUCUUGGAAUGGAAUGAUUGUGGGGUAUACUCAUAGCAAAAACUAUUCUGAGGCAGUUAUUAUGUUUCAAAAGAUGCAUUUGGAAGGAUUUAGACCCGAUGGGACUAGUUUUUCUAGUGGGCUCUCCGCAGUAGGUGGCUUGAAAAUCUUGGAUAUGGGCUUUCAGAUUCAUGGACUUGUCAUUAAGCAAGGUUUAGAACAGGACAAGUGUGUGGUCACUGCACUUAUUGAUAUGUAUGGAAAGUGUGCACGUACAUUGGAGAUGUCAAAAGUAUUUGAUGAGAUGUAUCAGGUGGAUAUGGGUGCUUUUAAUGCUUUAGUUACAGGGCUCUCACGAAAUGGUCUUGUGGAUAAUGCAUUGAAGUUAUUUAGAAAAUUCAAGUUUGAAGGGUUUGAAUUGAAUGUUGUUUCAUGGACAUCAAUUAUUGCCAGCUGUUCCCAGAAUGGGAAGGAUAUUGAAGCUUUGGAGAUUUUCAGGGAAAUGCAGGAUGUUGGUGUAAGGCCAAAUUCUGUGACGAUACCAUGCUUACUGCCAGCUUGUGGAAAUAUUGCAGCAUUAAUGCAUGGGAAGGCAGCCCAUUGUUUUUCUCUUAAAAGUGGAAUUUCAAGUGAUGUUUAUGUGGGCAGUGCACUGAUUGACAUGUAUGCAAAGUGUGGACGCAUACAUGUUUCCAGGCUUUGUUUUGAUAUGAUGCCUACCAGAAACUUAGUUUCUUGGAAUGCGAAUGCGUUAAUGGCUGGAUAUGCUAUGCAUGGAAAGACUAAGGAAGCUAUUGACAUAUUUAAAUUGAUGCAAAAGAGUGGGCAAACUCCUGAUUUUGUUAGCUUCAUUUGUGUAUUAUCUGCAUGCAGCCAAGGUGGUCUAACAGAUGAGGGUUGGUAUUAUUUCAAGCAUGGUAUUAAAGCUAGAUUGGAGCAUUAUGCUUGCAUGGUGAAUCUUCUCGGUCGGGCUAGAAGGCUGCAAGAGGCAUAUACCUUGAUCAAGCAGAUGCCUUUUGAUCCUGAUGCUUGUGUUUGGGGUGCUUUGCUUAGUUCAUGCAGAGUUUACAAAAAUGUUGUUUUAGUUGAGAUUGGUACAAAGGAACUCGUUGCAUUAGAACCAAAAAAUCCUGGAAACUACAUUCUUCUAUCAAAUAUUUAUGCUUCUAAGGGAAUGUGGGUUUAAGUAAAUAUGGUAAGGGAUAUGAUGAAGAAGGGUUUGAGGAAAAACCCUGGCUGCAGUUAGAUUGAGGUCAAAAGCAAAGUACAUAUGCUCAUUGCCGGUGAUAAUUCUCAUCCUCAAAUGACCCAAAUUAUAGAAAAGUUGGCUAAACUGAGGAUGGAAAUCAAAAAAUCAGGUUGCUUUCUUGAUACUGACUUUGUAUUGCAAGAUGUGGAGGAACAAGACAAGGAACAGAUCUUAUAUGGCCACAGCGAGAACUUGGCAGUUGCGCUGGGGCAUCACACUAGUCCUGGCUCUCCUCUACAGGUGAUUAAGAACCUCAGAAUCUGUGGUGACUGUCACACUGCUAUAAAAUUCAUAUCCAGCUUUGAACACAGAGAGAUUUUUGUUAGGGACACUAAUCGCUUUCAUCAUUUUAAAGAGGGAUUUUGUUCCUGUGGACAUUAUUGGUGAAUCAUGUAAAUGGUUUCCUCGGUUUGCCAUUAUUAUUCAUAAGAAUAGUGAAGAUCCUUCAUCUAGUGCGCAACAGGAGAUCCAAUGAUUAUUGGGGGACGAUGCUUUGUAAGGAAC